UUGCACGUUUUCAGCUCGCGAUCAUUCAAUCUACUUCUACAUCGCGCUGCAGUUCAGAGGUUCGAGUUGUUUCUUAGGCUACGGCGGGGUGCGAUAAUCUAGAGAACGACCCCCAAAGUAUCGUAGGAACACAGUUAAUCUCUAUCGUGGGAGGGGUCUCCUGAGGAUCAGUGUGGGAAACCAAGAGAGAAAACAACCACGAUGGCUGCCCCGAAUGUUCCGGCCCUGGCAAACGUCCCCUCGGACGAUCAGGAAGCGUACGAAGAGAAGAAUGUUCAUGAAGUGUACCAACAAAUUGCCAGUCAUUUUUCCUCCACUCGUUACAAGCCUUGGCCCAUUGUGGAACAGUUUCUCAGAGGUUUAGAGCCCGGUUCCGUUGGUUUGGAUGUGGGAUGCGGCAAUGGGAAGUAUUUGGCCGUGAACCGUGAGGUCUUUAUUGUUGCUUCCGAUAGAUCCGCGAAUUUGGCUCAAAUUGCGCAAAAGCAUCAGCCACACUCAACCAUCAUAGCCGAUAUUCUCCACCUCCCACAUCCGGAUUCUUUCUUCGACUUCGCCAUUUCAAUUGCCGUUAUCCACCACCUUUCCACUCCUGAUCGAAGGGUCCAAGCUAUUCGUGAAAUCCUGCGCACGCUAAAACCUGCCACCAAAAAAUCUCCGGGUGGGAGAGCGCUGAUCUAUGCUUGGGCCCUGGAACAGAAAAACAGCCGUCGAGGUUGGGACAAAGGUGAUCCGCAAGAUAUAAUGGUCCCCUGGGUCAUGAAGGGAACCUCUUCCGCGGACGCUCCUUCCGACGAGCCAAAGGUAUUCCAUCGGUAUUACCACCUUUAUGAGGAGUCGGAGCUCGAGCAGGAUAUCAACAAGGCGGGAGGUCAUGUCCUGGAGUCGGGAUAUGAAAAAGACAACUGGUGGGCGAUCGCAGCACGGACAAACUCGGAAUCAUCAUGAGAUACAUGAUUGCAGUGGGAUCAUCGAGAGCCAGCCUCGAAGCCCGUCAUCCACAUCUGCAUAGCACUCACGACAGGAACGACGAUACGAGCAUUGGGCUCGUCAAAUUGAGGCCUCCUCUCGAAGGUGCCCUUUCAUGUGUAGCAAGAUCAAAGCCAGAUGAGGAUAAUGAAAAACGCGCACACACGCACUCGGAAGAGCUCUUGUAUGACAAGCCUCCCAUGAGUGAAGAAGAUAUACCUCCAACCAGC